AUGAGCCAAAAGAGCUUUAGUGGAGAUCAAAAAGAUAAGGCAACAGUAGUUGCAAUAGAUAAAGAUAAAGGAAGCCAAUAUGCAUUAAAAUGGGCAGUUGAUACUUUGAUUGGCAAAGGCAAAAAUGUUACUCUUCUUCAUGUUAAAGUCAGACCUUCUAAUUCCCUUCCUAAUGCAGAUGUGAGUGAUGGAACCCCCAGAGUAUGUAGAAGUGAUCCUGAUAGUCAAGCAAAGGAGUUUUUCUUACCUUUCCGAUGCUUCUGCAACCGUAAGAAUAUUCAAGUCAGUGAAGUUGUAAUCGAAGGCAUAGACAUAGCGACCUCCAUAAGUGACUAUGUUACAGCCAAUGUCAUAGAGAACCUGGUGGUGGGCGCUGCAUCAAGGAACGGUUUUGUUAGCAGAUUCAAGAUGAUGGAUGUCCCAAGCGCGGUGUCCAAAAUCAUACCUGGCUUUUGCACAGUUUAUGUGAUUGCCAAAGGCAAAGUUCAAUCGGUAAAGAAUGCAUCUUCUCCAGUUCCCAGUUCACCCGUGCUGCAGAAUCAGUCCACCUCCUCUCUAGGUGCUAAGCUUGGCUUAGUCGAUACACGUUAUGGACAAAGCAACGACACAAAAGGAAGUGUGACUGAUAAUAGGUCACCGUACGCAUCACGAAGCUCAACUGAAGAUGUAGAUUGCAUCAAGUCCCCAUUCAACCGAGGUAAAGGGAUAAACAGAUCAUAUGGAGACCUCUCAGUGGCAGAAUCUGAUUUAUCAUUUGUGAGCUCUGGUCGUCCAAGUUCUACAUUUCCGAUCUCUAUGGACGGUCACGAUUUGGGUCUUCCCCCUCGGCUUUCAAACAGCUCAGACACAGAUAUUAAAUUUUCUGCUCCGCGACUUUCAAACAGCUCAGAAACAGAGAGCAGAUUAAGCUUUGGAUCAUCAUACUCAGCAACCAGGUUAUCUGAAGCUAAUGCCUUCUCAUCAAAUUCUUUUGAUAGUGGCAAUGGAUCAUUGUCUUCACCCAGCAACCUGGAAGACAUCGAAGCAGAGAUGAGAAGACUCAAACAGGAACUCAAGCAGACCAUGGACAUGUACAGUUCAGCAUGCAAGGAAGCGCUUUCAGCAAAACAUAAGGCAAUGGAACUUCACCGCUGGAAAGUAGAAGAAGAACAAAAAUUAGAAGAGGCACGACUAGCAGAGGAAGCAGCACUGGCCGUUGCAGAGAAAGAAAAAGCGAAGUGCAGGGCAGCCCUUGAAGCAGCGGAAGAAGCACAGAGGAUCGCCGAACGGGAGGCACAGAGAAGAAUCAGUGCAGAAAGGAAGGCACUCAAAGAAGCUGAAGAGAAGAAGAAGGUACUGGAUGCCCUUGCACAGAGUGAUUGCCGGUAUCGUAAGUAUACAAUAGAGGAGAUUGAAACAGCAACAGAUAACUUUGCAGCAACUCGUAAAAUUGGAGAAGGUGGAUACGGGCCAGUAUACAAGUGUUUCUUGGAUCACACGCAGGUAGCGAUUAAGGUUCUCCGUCCAGAUGCUGCUCAGGGAAGGUCACAAUUUCAGCAAGAGGUUGAAGUUCUAAGCAGCAUAAGGCAUCCAAACAUGGUUCUUCUACUUGGAGCCUGCCCUGAAUUUGGCUGCCUAGUGUAUGAGUACAUGGCCAAUGGGAGCUUAGAUGAUCGCCUCUUCCGAAGAGGAAAAACUCAAGUUCUUCCUUGGCAACUAAGAUUCCGCAUAGCUGCAGAGGUCGGUACAAGCCUCCUUUUCCUUCACCAGACCAAGCCAGAACCUCUAGUGCACCGGGAUCUGAAACCUGGCAACAUUUUGCUUGACCGCAAUUACGUAAGUAAGAUCAGUGAUGUUGGUUUAGCCAGGCUCGUCCCCCCUUCUGUAGCUGACUCGGUGACACAGUACCGAAUGACAUCAACAGCGGGAACAUUUUGUUAUAUAGAUCCUGAAUAUCAGCAAACUGGGAUGUUGGGAACAAAAUCUGAUAUAUACUCAUUUGGAAUAAUGCUUCUCCAAAUAAUUACAGCCAGACCUCCAAUGGGUUUGACCCACCAUGUUGAGAGGGCAAUUGAAAAAGGAACUUUUGCUGAUAUGCUUGAUCCAGCAGUUCCUGACUGGCCUGUGGAAGAGGCUCUAACAUUUGCCAAGUUAGCACUCAAGUGUGCAGAACUCAGGCGUAAAGAUCGACCAGAUCUUGGCACUGUAAUUUUGCCUGAACUUAACAGGUUACGUGUACUUGCUGAAGAAGCAAUGCAACCAAUGCAUUUUGGAAGCAGCCCAAGAAGCCCAUCUAGUGAAAGUCGAUCUAACUCUCAAGUAAUUUCAGGAUCUGAUAGCAAUAAAAGCCGCUCAAGCAACCCCUUUUCAUCAAGCACAAGAUCAAGUGGAGAAUAAGAAUAUACAUA